UGAAGUCAUAGCGUCCUGGAGGAGCGUUGCUUCACACCAUCUCUCUUUCAUCUUCUCUAUAAGUUAACUCUAAACGGAACCCAAGAACCUCAAAUCAAGAGACACCAGUGAGUUUCACCGACGGGGACUUAUCAUCAUGGGAUUCGAAGCAGAACCUGAACCUACCUCGGCACCAAAGCUAUCACUGUUUUCACUACCCAAUCAGUCACCGGAACCAACUGGGAUGUUAACACCACCACUAAGACCACCAGCAUCAGUUCCUUUCCAAUGGGAAGAAGCACCAGGGAAACCUCGAGGAGGCUGCUGCAGAGAAAUUCUUAGUAACGAUGUCGCUAGGUGUUUAGAAUUACCACCAAGGCUAUUAUCAGAGGUUAAGAUUAUUGAGAUACCCUCACCCACAACAGUUUUAGAAGGUCCUUAUAUAACCGGUAGAUCCUCUUCAUUUUCAUCGGCUUCUUUCAGUAAAGAACGUUUUUCCGAUACCGGUCAUAGUAGUAAUAAUAAUAAUAAGGUGAUCGGACAAGGGUAUUUUGGAAACUGGGUGAAGAAGAAUAGUAGUAGUUUCAAGGGAUUUGGAGGACAAAGUGCUGAGGAUAAUAUUGUCAUCUCACGUUCUUCUUCUGUAUCCUCUUCGGUGUUUAUGACUGAAGUUGUUAACGGCGGCGGUGGUGGUGGUGAGAAUUUUACAAAAGUGAAGAUUACACGAUUUAGAAGAAGAGGGAGUUUCUUGAGCCUUUCAAACACAAGCUCCCAACUCUGGGCAAGCAUUUACGGAGCUGUUAAGCAACUGGUCCCAUGGAAAAGGAGGAAGAUCAAUAGACAAUCGAAGAGUAGAGAAGAAGAGGAGGAAGAAGAAGAGUCACGUGACAAGCUCAACUUUACGACCGUUUGAUUAGUCUAUCGUCUGUCAUGUCAUGUCAUGUCAUCAUCCCAUCACUUGCCUGCUAGUUGCUACGAGCUAAUGCUAUAGCCUCUUUUCUUGAAUUUUUGUAAAUGAAAUGCUAGUAUAGAUAAAAACAAAUUUUAUUUUAUUUCUUUUUGUCGUGAAGCAAAAAAUGAUCGGGUGUUGAUUAAUACAUUAUUGUGGGCUUGUGGGUCGGUGUGGGUGGGUUUGUUUGUUUGUCUUUAUUGCGUGCGUUUUUAUGAAGGGUUUAGUCGGUGUUAGUGUGUUACCACUUCUGUAAAGCUUUAUGUAAACUUUUAUUUCUUUUCGGAUAUCAAGAUUUUAGACCGCUUAAUCUUGUA